AUGGGUCACGACCAACCUCACUCAUACGUUUGGCCUGCAGACUAUAACUGGAUGAAACCACAGCAUCAUGCUGAAGUUUCAACAGUGAGCCAAGUAAACUUCCCAGUGUCAUCAACAGAAGUUCUGGUGCCAUGGCUAUUAUCUAUGUGGAUGAUAGGAAAUAAAACUCCUACGGACUACCCUAAACGUAAAGUUGUGAAAAAACCAAACAGAAAAGGUCGGAACGAAAAUACUGGAUUUAAAGAUCGUUUUACGUGGGGCCAAAUUGAUCUGGAAUAUCCCAAUCAAGAUUCUAAACAGAUGGCUAUCAAUACCGGUGCAUUUAUACCGGUUAACAACCUACUAUUGGGGUUGGAAGUGUGGAAGAACAAGAUGUUUUUAAGCCUGCCACAGUGGAGACCGGGAAUACCAGUAACGUUGGCGUACGUGAAUUUGAACAGUUACACCAAGUCCCCAAUGCUGAAGCCAUAUCCCUCGUGGAACUGGUACGCUAAUAAUAUGAACCGCUGUCAUGGUUUGGUGUCCGUGUUCCGGAUGGAAGUGGACAAGUGUGACCGAUUGUGGGUGUUGGAUACAGGCGCCAUAAACUUGGCAAAUAAGGUCGACCAAAUAUGUCCGGUCAAACUAGAUGUGUUUGAUUUGAAAACUGAUACGCAUAUCAAGCGUUUUAUUAUCCCCAAAAAUCAAACGUUAAAGGAUUCGCUGUUUACAAAUAUUGUAGUGGAGAUUCUCAACGAUAAUUGUGAAGAUGCGUAUGCUUACAUGUCUGAUGUAUUUCAAUACGGAUUGGUUGUUUACAGCUAUAAAGAGGACGUCUCUCGCCGGAUCAACCAUCCGUAUUUCUACCCAGAUCCGCUGUACUGCCAUUACAGCAUGGACGGCAUAUCGUUCAACUGGAUGGACGGUAUUUUCGGCAUGUGCCUGUCACCAGACGGCGGUGUCGGGCAGCGGGUGCUCUACUUCCAUUCGCUGUCCAGCAACAACGAGUUUUACGUGCCCACCGCAUCGCUGCGCAACGGUACGCUCCGCGAGGGUGACAUCAUCGAGCAUUUCUUUGCGCUCAACGAUUCACGGUGCGCGCGCCACCAGUCGUGUCAGUCGUCGGGCAUGGCCGUGGACGCGAAGGGUGUCAUGUACUACAACUUGGUGACCGCGGGCAAAGUGGGAUGCUGGGACACCGGGCGCCCGUUCGAGUCGAUCACACAGGGGCUGUUGUCCAGCGGCCCGACACCGCUCAGCUUCCCCAACGACCUUAAGGUAGACAAGGAGUCCUCGCAAAGGGUGUGGAUGCUCAGCAACGGGCUGCAUAAGUAUCUGUACGGCAAAACGGACCCAAACCAGAUCAACUACCGAAUAAUGGUUGCGUACACGGACGAUGUCGUCAAAGGUACGGUCUGUGAAUCCAACUGA